UACAACCGUUAACCAUAAUGGGACUUUUCUUCUCCUUCCUUCUUUCUCAAAUCACUGAGAAAAAGCAGAUAAGAUUACUGAUGGUGGGUCUUGAUGCAGCAGGAAAGACCACCGUCCUUUACAAACUUAAACUGGGAGAAGUUGUGACAACUAUUCCAACUCUUGGUUUUAAUGUUGAGACAGUUGAGUACAAGAACAUCUCUUUUACUGUGUGGGAUGUGGGAGGACAGGAUGCAAUCAGACCACUCUGGAGACACUACUAUCAGAACACCAAGGGUCUCAUCUUUGUGGUGGACAGCAGUGAUCAUAAGCGUAUUGAUGAAGCCUCUUUGGAGCUGAGGCAGAUGCUCGAGGAAGAUGAGCUGAGAGAUGCUGUUGUGCUGGUUCUUGCCAACAAACAGGAUUUACCUGAAUCUGUGCCAGUAAGUGACAUGGCUGAGAGACUGGGAUUGCAUGCAAUGAAGGGAAGAACGUGGUAUGUCCAGUCAACAUGUGCAAUAAAUGGAACAGGUUUAUAUGAUGGAAUGGACUGGAUUGCAAAUCAGCUCUCUAAGAAAUAAAAUAAAACUGAAGUGUUGUACAGUGUAUAAAUAUAUUGAUGCAGCCAUGUAUAUAAAAAAAAUC